AUGGCCGUUCCGGCAAAUCCAGCCAUUGAAGAAGAAGAAGAAGAGCACGAACGCGAUGGUCCCACGCACCAUCCUUCUGCUCCGUCACACGAGUUUUUUGAUUUAUCAACAACUGUUGAUCCUAGUUAUAUAAUCUCCUUGAUAAGGAAGCUUCUUCCUUCGGAUUCUGGUUCUGUUCCUGGAGUUGUUUUGAAUUGCCCUAGCCAAGGAUUGGUUACUGAUAUUGAUAAUAAAGAAGCGGAUGCACCGGCAUCUGCACCUAUUUGUAAUGAUUAUUGCAUUGGAUUAUCGAAGAAUAAGCAUGAAAAUAUGGAUGUUGAUUUAUCAUGUGAAUCUUCUCAUGCGCGGGGAGAAUAUCAAAAUAAGAGUGAUGGACGUGAACGUUCUGGUGACUCGGUUGGAGAGGAUGCCUGGGAAGAAUAUGGUUGUAUUUUGUGGGACUUAGCUGCUAGUAAAACUCAUGCAGAACUCAUGGUGGAGAAUCUCAUACUUGAAGUUCUUUUAGCAAAUCUCAUUAAUUGCAAAUCCAUGCGUGUUAAUGAGAUUAGCAUAGGAAUUAUUGGGAACAUUGCCUGCCACGAAGUUCUAAUGAAGCGUAUAGUCUCCACUAAAGGACUGAUUGAGAUGAUUGUAGACAAAUUAUUUCUGGAUGAUCCUCAAUGCUUAUCCGAAACAUCUAGAUUAUUGACUGUGGGCCUUCAAAGUGACGAAUCCAUUUCGUGGGCUGAGGCAUUGCAGUCCGAACAUGUAUUAUGUCAAAUAUUAUGGAUUGCAGAAAAUACUUUGAACCUUCAGCUUUUAGAAAAGAUUACAGGGCUUAUAUUAGCUAUAUUAGAAAGCCGGCAAAAAGUUGUGGAUGAUCUUCUUCCACCUAUGAUGAAGCUUGGUUUGGCAAAUAUAUUGAUCAAUCUCUUGACUUUUGAGAUAAGCAAACUAACGAGUGACCGAAUACCUGAAAGGUAUUCAAUUCUUGAUUUAAUUCUUCGUGCAAUUGAAAGCCUUUCUGUUAUAGAUGGUCAUUCUCAGGAAAUAUGUUCAAAUAAAGAGCUUUUUCACCUAGCAUGUAACUUGGUCAAGUUCACAGAUAAAGUUGAGGUUGGGAACUGUUGUGUUACUGCUGCAGUUCUUAUUGCAAAUAUUUUGUCGGAUGUUGUUGAUCGUUCUUCUGAAAUAUCACAAGAUUGGUGCCUCUUAGGUGGUCUGCUUGAUAUAUUUCCUUUUGCUUCGGAUGAUUUGGAGGCAAGAAAUGCAGUCUGGAGCGUACUUGCUAGAAUAUUGGUCAGAAUACAUGAAACUGAAAUGAACUCAUCAAGUUUAUGUCAUUUUGUUUUGGUUCUUGUCAGAAGAAUUGAUCUGAUUGAAGAUGAGCUUCUGAACCAACAAUGUGUUGACUACAGCCCAGGCUCAACAGCAGAUACUAGAAACACAUCCCUCGUGAGAAUAAUCAGCAUUGUGAAUCAGUGGACAGCUGUAAGGAAGGAAACUGAGAAUAAUGGGAAUGCUGAAGUUCUUGUAAGUGAGACAGGUUUAAAAAAGUUGUUGGAUUGUUGUCACAAAUUCUCGAAGUAG